AUCUUUGACAUGAUGCUGUCCCCUGUCAGUCUGAAAUCCCACUGCCGUGACUGGAUCAAGCGGAGAAUUACUGUGGUCCAAACUCUGAGAUGAAAAUCCUGUGUUGUAUUUUAAUAUCCAUCUCCAUAGUCUGGGCAGAUGACAAUGGUUUGAGAUAUGAAAAGGAAAAAGUUUGUGAACAACUUCAUGGCAUGGGACAACAGAAAUUUAAAGGGCUUUUCAUAGCCCUGUACAGCCAGAAGUUCCCCAACAGCACGCUAGCGGAGGUCACAUGCCUGGCCGACGAGAUGCUGAAGCUGGGGGAGAGGUGCUGUGUGGAGGGGGCCAGUGCAGACUGUUACGACAAAGGGGCCACAGAAAUCUCGGACAAAUCUUGCCAGGCCGACUCACCGUUUCCCAAACACCCAGGCAUCUCCAAGUGCUGUGCCAAGAAAGACGUGCAUGAGAGGAAGAUGUGCCUGGCCACUCUGCACUACUCGGCUGAGGAGCUGCCCUCCCUGUUGGAUCCCACCAAUGAGGAGAUGUGCGAGCAGUACACACAGGAUCCGACGGGCUACUCUUUCGGCUACGUGUACGAGUUGUCUCGCAGACACCGCAGCGUGCCCACUGGGCUCGUGCUGAAUGCUACGGGUAGCCAGCUGAGGAUGCUGGCGAAAUGCUGCAAGCCUUCCCCCUCCACUGAAUGCUUUUUCACUGAGAGAUUUCAAGAAAGACAGUUCAACAUCUUUCUGAGAUUCACUUCAAAUGUCUGCCACAACAACAUCAACCUGAAGUCAUACAAGACUGGAUUGACAGCGUAUUUUGGAUCCCUUCUAAAGAUCCCAUUUGAAAAAGCCCAGUCCAUGGCAAAAGACUUCCAAGAUGGACUUUCAAAAUGUUGUUUACAACCAAACCAGGAAUGCAUUGUUCAGGAGUUCACUGGAUUCCAGAAGGUCCUCUGCAACGAAUCAUCGCUGGCCAUUAUGUCGGAGGAGUUUCAGAAAUGUUGCGGCAAGGCACCUCUGGACACAUUGAUGUGUGUGGACAACCUGAAGAGACAGCCUCAGACGCUCCCAAAUAUCCAGCCCCUCUCACCUUCCCUCUGCGAGCCAGCCAGCCAGCAAGAAAUUCAGAGAUAUUUGUUCCAGAUUGGAGCCAGGCAACUUUUGACCUCUGUACCAGUCAUCGCAACAGCUUUGGGCCAUGUGAAAGACAAAGUGAUGGCCUGCUGCUCAGACACAAAUAUCCAAACCUGUAUGAACCAAAAGGAUGAAGAUGUGAAGAAAGUCAUAAAACUCUUAUCCAAGACUGAUGAAAUAUGUUCACAGUACUUCAGACUUGACUUCCUCGCCUUCAAAGUCUUAGUGGAGCAGCAGGUCCAGGCUGACGGAGAACAGGCGCCGGCCAAAGCGGAGGCCCUGGUGGAGCUGGGCUCUGUCUGCUGUUUCCAGCAGUCCCCAGCACUGCGCUGCCAGACGCUGAUGGAAAAACUCAUUUCAUAUGAGAAAGAAGGAGCCGUUUGAACAGUGGUCAUCACUCCAGGGUGCUGCUGAGGAUCCAGAAGGCAAUGAGGACUCUUAUGCUCUCAGGACAUGGUUAUCAAGGGCGGAAACUAUCGAUGUUUAAUUUCCCAGGUAUUAGACCAGAUAAUUGCCAAGUGCACUAUUUCUAUUAUGUCUGUGGUGCCAUGUUAAUAAAACGCAUCAGACUACAAGGAUCUCUGGAGAAUCAA